GGGCGUGGCUACGCCUCGGGGACAGCCCUCCCGAGUCAGCCAUCUUUCAAUUGUGCUCUCAGCCGCCGUCGCUUCCAGUAGCAGCAGCAGCGCCUCUUCCUUCUCCUCGCCGCUCUCCUUCCUGUGUGUGAGCCGCGCUCAGUUGGGUGCUGAGGCGGAGAAGUUGUUGUCCGCUGGAACAUGGCUCGUACCAAGCAGACCGCCCGCAAGUCCACCGGCGGCAAGGCGCCCCGGAAGCAGCUCGCCACCAAAGCCGCCCGCAAGAGCGCGCCCUCUACCGGCGGGGUCAAGAAACCGCAUCGCUACAGGCCAGGUACUGUGGCUCUUCGUGAAAUCAGGCGUUAUCAGAAGUCGACUGAACUCCUGAUCCGCAAACUUCCUUUCCAGCGCCUGGUGCGUGAAAUUGCUCAGGACUUCAAAACAGAUCUGCGUUUCCAGAGCGCAGCUAUUGGUGCUUUGCAGGAGGCAAGCGAGGCCUACCUGGUUGGCCUGUUUGAGGACACCAACCUGUGUGCUAUCCACGCCAAACGUGUCACAAUCAUGCCAAAAGAUAUCCAGCUAGCACGCCGCAUACGUGGAGAGCGUGCUUAAAUUCUACUAAGAUGGAUUUGUCAUUCUCAAAACAAAUAAAAUCUCUUCUUCCUGUUUAUUGGUAGUAAUGAACAUUAGAUUUUUUCCAUGGGGUAAAAGGUACCUAAGUAUAUGGUUGCAAAUGGAAAAAUAGAGGACAGAAUCGGGUAUUGGCAAGUUCUUUUUCAUUUUCAUUUGUGUGUGGAUUUUUAAUAUAAACGUGGGGACAUAUAAAGCAUUAUUGCUAUCAAAAACCAUUUCAGUGAACAAAUAUCAGCAGUUCAACUUUAUAAUAAUUAUAAAAUAUGCCAGUCAGAUUUUUCUGGACAAUGCCAGCAUUGGAUUUUUUAAAAAAUGGGUAAAAUUUCUUAUUGAUGGCAACUAUAUGGUGUCUGUAACAUUUUUAUCAUACAGUAGAUUCCAUCCAUUCACUAUACUUUUCUAACUAAGUUGUCCUACAUGCAAGUACAUGUUUUUAAUGUUGUCUGUCUUCUGUGCUGUUCCUGUAAGUUUGCUAUUAAAAUACAUUAAAUAACA